AUGUGCAUGCAUGAUGUGUAUAAUAAUCAUGUCAUCUGCCCUUCCGUUUCCAGCCUUUGGUUAAUGACGGUGUGUCUCCUUUGUGUUCUUGUCUCCUCUCUCAGCCUGCACCUCACCACCUUCUGCCUGCAGCACAAGCCCACAGUCAUUGCCUGCGUCUGCAUCCACCUGGCCUGCAAGUGGUCCAACUGGGAGAUCCCUGUCUCCACUGACGGCAAGCACUGGUGGGAGUACCUGGACCGGAGCGUCACGCUGCAGCUGCUGGAUGAGCUGACCCACGAGUUCCUGCAGAUACUAGAAAAGACGCCCAGUAGGUUGAAAAGGAUACGAAACUGGAGGGCCACGCAAGCUGCUAAGAAGCCAAAGACAGAUUUCCAGUCGGGGGACAAUGCCUUCCAGGGGACCUCCUCCAUGGACAGCAUUCCUGGUGUCACCAGCAAUUCUUUUUUCCCUUCCACCUCCAUGUUGGACUCUGGAGAUAUGCUCUCCCUGGACGGAGCAGGGGCGUCUUACGGCUCCUACCCAGCUCUCGGAGACCCAUCCGAUGCCUGCGGCUUCGACCAGGGUCCUUUUUUCCCUUCACUAGUCACCCAUUCUAAGUACACCCCAAGUAAACACGAACAUAAAGCGGGCAGUGGUGGGGAGAAGCACCCACAGCCCAGCAACCCCCCAACUUUCAACCGUCCUCUGAAAAUGACACUGGACAGGUACAGAGAGAAGCACGCUGCAGACCUGGCCCUGCAUAACGGGCGUGAGGAGCAGCCGGGGGAAGUGUACCUGUCCCCCACUCCCUCCGGUCACCACCACCAUCACCACCACCACCACAAGAAACGCUCGCAGCCCCAGCAAGCCCCUCCGGCGGGCGAGCGGAGGGACAAGACCAGCUCGAAAAAACCCCGUCCUCCUCCGUCCUUUGCCGAGAACGGCAGCGCCAGCAGCGAAGAGCUUAAGAUGAGGAUCAAGGUGUCGUCAGAGCGCUCCCACACCGCCUCGGAGCAGGGCGGGGCCACACACGGCAGAGACAAGCACAAAGACCACUCGAGCCACCGUCACCCCAAGCACGGCCACUCCCACCCCUACCCCAUGAGCGGCAACGGGCGAGGGGGGGCGGACGGGGCCACACUGGCCUUCAGGGGUCCCACGGGCCACAGCAGCGACUCUGGUUCCAGCUCCUCCAGGAAAAGGGGCCACCCUGACAGCUCCCACAACCACCACCACCACUCUGCCAAGAGCAGCAGGAGCUCCAAGAAUGCCGGGGGCUCCGCCCACUACUCCUCAGAGGGCAACCAGAGGACGGUGGAGAGACACGGCCACGAUGGAACUAACGGAACGCUUGGCUCCAACGGCCAACACACUGACUACAAAGACACUUUCGACAUGCUGGACUCUCUGCUAAGUGCCCAAGGGAUGAACCUGUGAACCAGGGUCCAUGGAGGGAGGCGUCGGAUAGAUUUAAGAAUUAGGUUUUCAUGAUUUUAAGAAAUGUGGAGUAAGGAACAAAAAAUAAUUUUAUGACUUAAGUUAUGUCAAUUCCGCAUCAUCCCCAGUCCUUUCCUGUGUUAAUUAUUGAGUAUCCUUAAAGGUUAGCCAGAUUCGUACGACAUAAAGCUUUGAGCUUCCUGUUUGAGAACUCGAGGUGUGUGCCAGGUUUGGUUCUGUGAUUGGGGGGGGGGGGGAAAGAUGAAAAAGAGGAUUUCAAUUCUGUUUUAAUGCAAGCCAUCUUUUUAUGUUGUUUUUAAGUGACGUGCAUGUUUCAAUCACAAAAGGGAAGAACUAGGCAGGUGAUGGUUGACAGUUUAAUGUUGUGUACAUUUGUCUAGGUUACCGUUUUAUUCCUUGAACGAAAAGAAAAAAAAAACUCAGGUCUUGAAACUUUUGAUAUGAGAAAGAACCUUCCUCUCCUUGGGUGUCCUGCCUUUUAUCUGUGGAGAUGUAUAACGUUUGUCCAUUGUUGCUAUGGGCGAGGCUCAGCUUUUGUCUCCGGAGCUUGUGUCUUUGUCCACAAGAGGGCACAAAUUGUAGGUUUGUAUGAUGAGAGUGGGACUGAUCUCACACUGCUAGUCGAGGCCAUGUACUGUCUGGUGGUGUCCUGAAACUGCUCGUUGAGACAGCCUCCAAGCUUAAACGCAGACCAUUCUAGAGCUAUAAAUGAAGUUUACGUUUAAAAAAAACUAUCUGCUGUGAAGUGCAUUUGAGAUCUCAGCAAAAUUGCAAAAUGCCUUGUGAUUGUAAGUUGUCAAUUGCUAUUCAAAAUGGUAAAUGUCUAAUUAACCAUCUGAAAAGACCUCUGUAUAAGAUUGUAUAUAGGACUGUAGUUCAGAGUUAUAAACAGUUGGCCCAGUCCAAACAUUGUCAUUCAGUGUAUUAUGAGGGCCUAAAGCAGACUUUCUGUAUUGAUGAACAUAUUCUUGAUUUGUGUGCCGGGAGCCCUAAUAAACGUGUAAAACCCAAUUUUACACAACACAG